AUGUCCAUCAUCAUUCGCGGGACGAACCCAAAGUCAAGGAAGAAAAGGGAGAAGCCGCCUUCAGUCAACGAGACGUUGCGUUGCCAUGCGGACAACGGCUCGGCCAGCCUGCUACGCUCUAGCAUCGAUGCAGCGAAGCACCAGGCCGCCUGGUAUUCGUACCUUUCAAAUACACGAGGACCCCCAUCUGCCAUCUGUACGAUGGCCGAUGAGCGUCCAGUCAUCGUCGAACCAGCGCCAGGGCCGACAGCAGCUUGCAUCUCGACGGUCUGGCCCUGUCUGAGGAGAUGCGACUUCAUCUGUCUACUGGAUCAUUUCGUCUACACGCGUCCCACCUCCAUCAUCGCAUGGCGCAUCUCUAUCCACUCAUCCCACGAGUGUCGCCAAAAGCGGUAUGGCGGCUCCCUCACCGCUUCAACUUCUCAACCCACCUCUGAGCGAACUUCGCACCAACCAGCCACGCUGAAUUAUCAUCUCUACGGCUACCCUCUCAAUGACAGAAGAGUCCAAGGCGAGCAAGACAGCCUCAACACUAAACAAGGAAUGUGUCAGUUUGGGUUACCUGGCGUAACUCAGGAACGGCGUCAGGCAUUAAACAACAAAAAUACUGCCUCUCCCUCACAACCUGCCUGCCGGCUUAUUCUGCAGCAUCGAUUAAUUGACACGCAGGUGUCAGACGGUGUAGACCAAUUCCUUUCGGACGGACUACGAGCAUCUCGCGGCUUCUUCUGGCGGUCAGACCUGAGCUGGCCACAGUUGGCCACCGCGACGACGGCCGUCAUCCAUGGUCUUUGCUGCAGAUUCAACUCGUUCUGCUUUAGAACCCUGUCAACGUUUUCGGAAUCAAGACUUGGAGUGCGAUUCCCAGGAGGCAAUUUGUCUUUCUCGGUGAUGGCUAUUGAGUCAUCGGCUGAAUUGAAUUGCGCUUGCGGUGCGAUAUGCCUUUUCAACGUUCACGCUCAAUUGUUUGUCUUUGGCCAUACCAGCAUUCAUCAGAGCAUCAACUACAGAUAA